UUCUGCCAGAGUAAGCGGUCCCGUUUCCGACCGGUUUAUUUUCGCUCCUCCCGCGUCGGCUGGUUUCUUUCUGGAUUCAACUGCAAUGGCGGAGCAGCAGCAGUUCUACCUCUUACUGGGGAACCUGAUGAGCCCUGAUAACAAUGUCAGGAAGCAGUCAGAGGAAACAUAUGAUGCCAUUCCUGGAUCAACAAAAAUCACGUUCUUGCUGCAGGCCAUCCGUGAUGCUUCAGCUGCUGAAGAUGUUAGGCAGAUGGCAGCUGUCCUGCUGCGACGAUUGCUGUCCUCAGCAUUUGAAGAGGUCUACCCAGGCUUGACUAUAGAUGUUCAGAUGGCCAUCAAAACAGAGCUGCUUGCCAGCAUCCAAAUGGAUAGUUCUUCCAGUAUUCGUAAGAAGGUCUGCGACGUAGCUGCUGAGCUGGCCCGCAACCUACUUGAUGAUGAUGGAAACAACCAGUGGCCAGAAAUUCUCAAGUUCCUGUUUGAAUCUGUUAACUCACAGAAUGUUGCUCUACGAGAAGCUGCACUGCAUAUUUUCUGGAAUUUUCCUGGUAUAUUUGGCAACCAGCAGCAACAUUAUAUGGAGGUUAUUAAGCGCAUGUUGGUGCAGUGUAUGCAAGAUCAGGAGAACCCACAGAUUCGCACCCUGGCAGCACGUGCAACUGCCUCCUUUAUUCUGUCUAAUGAGAGCAACACUGCGCUACUUAAACAUUUCUCUGACCUUCUGCCUGGCAUACUACAGGCUGUUAAUGAAUCCUGUUACCAAGGAGAUGAUGCUGUGUUGAAGUCUCUUGUAGAAAUCGCUGACACUGCCCCUAAAUACUUGAGGCCAAAUCUGGAGGCCACCCUUCAACUCUGUCUGAAACUGUGUGCAGAUACCAAUUUGACAAAUAUGCAGAGGCAGCUGGCUCUGGAAGUUAUUGUCACUCUGUCUGAGACUGCUGCUGCCAUGCUGAGGAAACACACUGCCAUUGUGGCUCAAAGUGUUCCUCAGAUGUUGUCCAUGAUGGUGGACUUGGAAGAAGAUGAGGAUUGGGCAUUGGCAGAUGAACUGGAGGAUGAUGAUUUUGACAGUAAUGCAGUGGCAGGUGAGAGUGCUUUGGACAGAAUUGCCUGUGGCCUUGGAGGAAAAAUUGUGCUCCCCAUGAUUAAACAGCACAUCAUGCAGAUGCUACAAAACUCUGAUUGGAGAUACAGACAUGCUGGUCUAAUGGCAUUGUCUGCCAUUGGUGAGGGCUGCCAUCAGCAGAUGGAGACCAUUUUGAAUGAAAUUGUCAGUUUUGUUCUGCUUUUCUGCCAGGAUCCUCAUCCCAGAGUUCGAUAUGCUGCCUGCAAUGCUAUUGGUCAGAUGGCCACAGAUUUUGCUCCUACCUUUCAAAAAAAAUUCCAUGACAAGGUUAUUUCUGCCCUGCUACAGACCAUGGAAGAUCAGUCUAACCCACGUGUUCAGGCCCAUGCUGCUGCAGCUCUAAUUAACUUCACAGAGGACUGCCCCAAAGCUCUCCUCAUUCCAUACUUGGACAAUCUGGUUCAGCACCUCCAUGUUAUUAUGGUUGCCAAACUCCAGGAGCUGAUUCAGAAGGGCACCAAGCUGGUGCUGGAGCAGGUCGUGACCUCUAUUGCAUCUGUGGCCGACACAGCAGAGGAGAAAUUUGUUCCUUACUAUGACCUUUUCAUGCCCUCCCUUAAACACAUUGUAGAGAAUGCUGUACAGAAGGAGCUUCGUCUGCUCAGAGGGAAGACCAUAGAGUGCAUCAGCCUGAUUGGGCUGGCUGUGGGCAAAGAGAAGUUCAUACCUGACGCCUCAGCAGUAAUGCAGUUGCUUCUCAAAACACAGACUGACUUCAAUGACCUGGAGGAUGAUGACCCACAGAUCUCUUACAUGAUCUCAGCAUGGGCCAGGAUGUGUAAGAUCUUGGGGAAAGAGUUCCAGCAGUACCUGCCUGUGGUUAUGGGCCCACUUAUGAAAACAGCAUCAAUCAAGCCUGAAGUAGCCCUUUUGGACACUCAGGACAUGGAAAAUAUGUCUGAAGAUGAUGGUUGGGAGUUUGUGAAUCUGGGAGACCAACAAAGCUUUGGAAUAAAGACUGCUGGAUUAGAAGAAAAGGCUACAGCUUGUCAGAUGCUGGUCUGUUAUGCUAAGGAGCUGAAGGAAGGUUUUGUGGAGUAUACAGAGCAGGUCGUUAAGCUGAUGGUCCCUUUGCUGAAAUUUUACUUCCAUGAUGGUGUUCGAGUUGCUGCUGCUGAGUCCAUGCCUCUGUUGUUGGAAUGUGCUCGUGUGAGAGGCCCAGAGUACCUCACUCAGAUGUGGCAUUUCAUGUGUGAUGCUCUCAUUAAGGCUAUUGGCACUGAACCUGACUCAGACGUGCUGUCAGAAAUCAUGCACUCCUUUGCUAAGUGCAUUGAGUUAAUGGGAGAUGGCUGUCUAAACAAUGAGCACUUUGAGGAGUUGGGAGGCAUUCUGAAAGGGAAGCUGGAGGAGCACUUUAAAAAUCAGGAACUCAGGCAAGCCAAAAGACAGGAUGAAGAUUAUGAUGAGCAAGUUGAAGAAACGUUACAAGAUGAGGAUGAGAAUGAUGUGUACAUUCUUACCAAGGUGUCAGACAUUUUACAUGCAGUAUUCAGCAGUUACAAGGAGAAGAUUCUUCCAUGGUUUGAGCAGCUUCUGCAACUUAUAGUCAAUCUUAUAUGCCCACACAGACCCUGGGCAGACAGGCAAUGGGGUUUGUGCAUUUUUGAUGAUGUGAUUGAGCACUGCAGUCCCUCUUCAUUCAAGUAUGCAGAGUACUUCUUGAGACCGAUGAUUCAGUCUCUUUGUGACACCAGCCCCGAGGUGCGGCAGGCAGCUGCAUAUGGCAUCGGAGUCAUGGCCCAGUUUGGAGGAGAGAACUACAGGCCAUUCUGUACGGAAGCAAUUCCCCUCCUGAUUAGUGUGAUCCAAGCUGCAGAUUCCAGAGCAAAAGAGAAUGUUAAUGCAACCGAGAACUGCAUCUCUGCUGUUGGCAAGAUCAUGAGAUAUCGACCAGAAUGCAUUAACGUCAACGAGGUCCUUCCUCAUUGGGUCUCAUGGUUACCACUCAAUGAAGACAAAGAAGAGGCCGUACACACAUUUAAUUAUCUGUGUGACCUUAUUGAAAGCAACAAUCCUGUCGUUCUCGGACCUGACAAUACAAACCUUCCUAAGAUUUUUGUCAUCAUUGCUGAGGGGGUUGCUAAUGAAUCAAUCAAAAGUGACGAUGAUUGCAGCAAGAGACUGGCGAACGUCAUCCGCCAAGUACAAGUUUCUGGAGGUCUUUGGACGCAGUGUGUAUCAGCCCUUAAUGAAAUUCACCAAAAGGCCAUUCAGGAUCUCCUCAAUGCAGCAUGAGUGAAGCUUUAUCCCUUGAAACCUGUCUACUCAACCAUCUUAUGAAAGAACUCUCAUUUGGAAGUCCUGUUUAGAACCCUACCCCAUACCACUUUGCUUGAAGAACUGUAGCAUGACUUGAUUAUAGAACUGGGUUCAGACCCUUCCCCCACCCACGCCUAUGGGCCUAUUGUCCAGCUUCCGAAAAAAAAAUCUUCAAAGAGGAAUCCUUCGGCUCAUCUGAGAGAACAUGGGAAAAGUGAGGUCAGCAGUCGUUGCCAUUAGAUGUUAUUUCCAAUAUAGGAACUAUAGUUCUCUGUUUGAGGUAGCUCAGUCAUGUUAUCACAGCCUAAUGUCUGUUAAUCUAAUACAGAGAUUAUUUGAUAUCUCUCUCUGAAACAAGCUUGCUUGUUGCACCUGGGUGACUCAAUAGUCAAUGACAGUAGUGUUGUUUUUGUGUUUUUUUUUGUUUUUUUUUUUUUUUUUUUAAUUUUUUUUUUUUCCCCCUUUUUGUUGUUCAAUUUUCUUUAAUAUGGAUUGCAAUGGAUAGAAGUGAGGGGUGGCAUCUGUUUGCUCCACUAUGCAGAUGUGUCCUAACAAUAUGUCCUGUCACUAGUCCACUCACUCCAUGGUAUAAAAAUAAAACAUUAUAGAUAAGGCAUGAUUGUAAAGUGAUUUUUAUUUUCAAGUCUAAUAUGCACUAAUUCAGCCUUCAACAUAAGCAUUUCACAGAACCUGAUCACUAUAAAAUUUUGCCCAUAACCCUAUAUAUGAAUAUAACAUUGACUUUUUCUGAUUUAUACACCACAUCAAAUUGAUCCAAUAAUGCAGCUUUUUUUUCUAGUUACCUACAAUAUAAUCAGAAGUUACAGACAUGACUUUUAGUGUGGCAAGUUAAUGCAAAAGAGUGUGUGUGGUUAAAAUAAUUCCAGUUUUAGACGCUGGUCAUGUACUAAUGUAAAUUUUUGUGACUUUUUUUUAUUAAUUCUUUAUUUCUCAUAAUGAACUAGCUGUUAGUUAUUGUGCUUUUAAGACAUGUAAAUGACCGUAGCCAGCCUUCGUUCAAAAAGCUGUUUUGUUUAAAAAAAAAAAAAAAAAAAAAGCGUUCCAUGACGAAAUUGUAUAAUUAGGACUCUGGGUAGUUUAAAUUUAUGUGGAUUAUUGAUGAAUAAGUAAAAUUGGGCCAUCACACAGACGGGACAUGUAAAGGGUAGCUGGGCUCCAUACAGAAGUAUUGGUUUUUCUUAACCUCAUGAACAAGACUGUUUUUGUAUGGGAGGCAUAUCCGGCUCAAAAUUAAAACAUGUUAAUGCAAACCUCUUUUUGUUGUUUAUUUUUCCGAACUUCUGUGCAAAUAUCCUGCCAAAUUUGAAAGUUAAUAAAAAUAAAUAAAAAAAUAAAACUGCUGUUUUCCAUUUUAGAACAAUGAAUUAAAUAAAAUGACAAAGAACGCAAGUGCCACCUGCUGGUGAUUUUUACUUUUCGUUUCCCACAUUGCUUUUCAUUUUCAAGUUAACCAAUAUACAAAUGUGUUUUAUUUUAGUCACAAAUGACGACUCGUGCUCAUGUAAAAAAAAAAAAAAAAUUAAAUAGCAAAUGGGUAUUUGAUUUUCAAUUUUGGCAGGAUAUUUGUGCUAAUGGUUGGGGGGAAAAUUAAUGGCAAAAAAAUUUGCUUUUUUUUUUUUUUUACAUUUUGUUGUAAUUUUAGGUUUGUUUUUUUUGGCUGGAUUUGCCUCCCAUAGUUUUUGUGGAUUAAUUUCCAUAUGGAGACAGUAUGGUAAAUAACAUUGUACAUUUUUAACUGCUAUUAGAACAAAUUCGUAUUUAAAAAUGAGACAAAUGAUGAAACAUCAACACUUUUUUCCUUUAAAAUACCUUAGUGUCUUGGUAAGGUAUUGGGCCACCAUGACAUGUAUAAUCUUUGCCGAGCUGCAGUGAAGCUGUUUGGACAAGUCUGUACUGGCGUAAUGCAACACCAAUACAAUUGUGGCAAUAUUAAAAAUUGGAAACAGGCCCAGAAUCAUGCUGGUGCAAACAGUGAUGAGUCUAUAGCCUUUUGAAGGCAUCAGUUUCAUGCUCCAUGAAACAAUUCAGGGACCCCUUGUGGGUCCAAUGGAUGAGGGUAUUGUAAUCUUGGAGGAGGGCACUCAUCAAGAUUUAAAUGUUCCAGCACAUCAAAAAAAAAAUAUAUUCAUUUGCAAUGACUUUUAUGUGUUAAUUGCCUGGUUUAGUAUGUAUUUCUGUGAGUAGCAUAAGUACCAAACUGUAAUAUACACUUUUACCCAUUUGUGUACCACAUGAUGAUGGAUGACCCCUCUGAUAUUACUUCCCUCUGAUCUCAAAAUUACUAUAGACCAGUGCCUACAGUUGUGAUCAAAUUUAUUCAACCCCCAAUGCUGUGAAGGGUUUUAUGGAAUUCAGUGCACAUUUGUAAUUGCGUUCAUAAUUAAAUCUUACAAGGACUUGUUAAAGAACUAAAUGCAACUGAAAUAGCAUCAAUUGUUUUUGUCAUAAAGUAUUAAAUGGCCUUUUUGUGA